UUCCGAUCAAAACCGAGGAAAUUCCUAGUUGCAAGCGAUCUUUACAGUAAAUAUCGAUUAACCGCAUCGCCGGCAACAUAAAUAUUUUCGUUUCAUGGCAUCGGAUUGCGGAAAACCCUCGAUAAUUGCCAUUUAAGUUGCUUCAUCGGCUCGUCGUCGCCAAAAACAUCCCAUAGCAACUCGGGGUUUUGUUUACUAAAAAACAAGUGCCAGAAUUGUUUUUCAUUUUAAGUAGAAGGAAAAUUUGUGUUUUUCUCUUGUUCCAAAAAGGAAAUCGUCCUCGAGGAAAGGGAUUCAAACCAAUCAUGGUACAACAAGACACGUCAAGUUCGAGUGACGAUAAUUCAGCCCCCAACUUUCCAGAAACACCAGCCAAAGGCAUUCCGGUGGGCAAAUACCGUUUGGUAGGAUGGGCAGUUGACACUACUGGACGUCGCCUGAUUGACGAAAUCGUCCAGAUUGCCGGCUACACUCCCGAAUCGAAAUUUUCCAAAUACAUCAUGCCCUUUUCCGAUCUGAACCCGUUCUACAGCCGCAAGCACAACAUCAAAGUGUACAACACGAUCCGUUACAGACGUCUAAAGGACUUGAAGACUGGCCAGUUUUUGAAAACCAAAAGCGAAAUAUCUGCUUUGACUGACUUUGUUGAAUGGUUGGAAUCUGUCAAAGGAGAUUCAGAAGGCAUCGUUUUGAUAUUUCACGAGGUGCGCAAAUCUACACCAGGAAUGCUUUUGGAAGCGUUGAGACGCAACAGCUUGUUGGAACGCUUUGAAAAAGUUUGCAAAGGGUUUUCGAACGGCUUUAGUGUAGCCAAAGCCAAGUGUCAAAGCAGCACGAAAACUUACAACUUAAGGGUUAUGGGUAAAGUGCUUUUGGGACGCGAACAAAUGGAUUUUAGUAAUGCUGUGGAAAGGGCUUCAGCUGUUUACGAUAUCGCAGUGCAUUUGGCUCAAGGUGAGAGGGACGAACUGGGCGACAAUGGUAAAAUUUCUAUUGGGACUGAGCCUGUACUGAUUGAGCUGGUUUGUCCUUAUACAAAUCCUGUUUCGGCUGAGGAAGAGGAAAUAGAAACUUUUAAGGUUUUGCUACAAAGACAGAACACAUUCAGGCCUGUUUUUGGUGCACUGAUGCGCGCUAGCCCGCCAGAAAGACAACACGCCAGUCACUUGAGAAGACUUCUGGCUCUAAACAACAUCAACUAUGACCGUUUGCAAGACGCUUAUGAAAAAGGUGCCAAAGAUGGCCUGGAUAAGAUCCUAAAGGAUGAAAUAUCCAACGCCAAAGAAGCUGACUUGACAGAACUGUUGGACAUAUUGGAUCGUUUCUUUGAUCCAGAAAAACAACCACUCAAACCGAAACCGUGGAACCGUUACGGAAGGUAUUCUCAGCAAGGCCACGGCAGAAAUCGCGAAUCGCCGUCUGGAAAAAAGAAAAUUUCAGAAUCCAAAGAAGCGGAUACUUCUGGAGAUACCAAUACGAGCUCUGGAAGUGCCGAGGCCUCCCCCAGGAGCGAGAUUAAGACGGAAGUGCCUGCUAACUAAAGGAGACUGUUAGUCGUCUAGUGCCUUUUUAUCUUAUUAAUAGUUUUUAAUUGUUAAUUUGAUGACUAAUUUUCUAUUUUUGUUAUUAAUUUAAUGUUAUCAGUUUAUUUUUCUUUUUUUUUUUUUGGUUGAAGGCAAAAGAACUUGGGAGUUUUUUCCGGUGCCCAUUGAUGGAUAAUAAUUGAAUAUACAUAUUUUAUUUUGUUGAGAUUUAUUUUUUAGUUUUUGAUUCUUUUUUUUCGUUUUUGUGAUAAUAAUGGGUGAUUUAUUUAAUUUUGUAGUUCAAAACGAUUGAUUUGAUACCUGUUAUUCUAAAUAAUAUAAUUAAUAAAUAUUAACGUAUGAUGAUAUAA